GAAGCAUCGUACACUACGGUGUGCCCCAUCUUCGUCCUCUUCGCUUUUUUCUCCUCCUCUCUUUUCCUUCGCCUAAGCAUAAAGGAUUCGCUGUGAGCUCGCGCUCUCCUCCACUCGUCGUCCUUAGAAACCCUCUCGCUCUUUUCACCUCUAGGGCUUCGUUUCCACCCCCGAUCUCGUAGAUCACAUGGCUUUUCUCCGAUCUUGUUCAAAUGCAUCAUCUGGGAUGGGCGUUGCUGGGGAUUGUAAGGAGACAUUCUUAGAGCUUCAGAGGAAGAAGACUCACCGCUAUGUAAUCUUCAAGAUCGAUGAAAAGCAGAAAGCGGUUGUAGUGGAGAAAACUGGAGGCGCAACUGAGAGCUAUGAUGAUUUCAUUGCUUCUCUCCCUGAAAAUGAUUGCCGAUAUGCAAUCUAUGAUUUCGACUUUGUUACUGAGGAGAACUGCCAGAAAAGCAAGAUUUUUUUUGUUGCUUGGUCUCCUUCCGUGUCCCGCAUCCGAGCUAAGAUGCUUUAUGCUACUUCCAAGGACCGAUUCAGGCGAGAACUAGAUGGUAUUCACUACGAGAUUCAGGCGACUGAUCCGUCGGAGCUGGACCUCGAUGUUCUCAGAGACCGUGCGCAUUAAAUGUAAAAUUUUCGAAGGAGCGUGCCAUCUCACUCUGGUGGUGUCAACAUCUUUCGUCAAUCGGCAACUAA